AUGUCCACUUCAAAAUUAUAUUAUGAUAUCAGAGAGGAUCAGUGGCCGUUGGUUUAUGAUGAUCGAUAUAACGUAUCGUUUUGUGGGUUUGAAAAAUUUCAUGUUUUUGACGCAAAGAAAUGGCGUAACAUAGUGCAGUUUCUCAAAGAAGCGAACUUUAUUACCUCUGAAUGCCUUGUGAAGCCAAAUGAAGCUAAGGAAAAUGAUUUAUUGGUUGUUCACACUAAGAAGUACCUCAAAUCUCUAAAGUGGAGUGCUAAAGUUGCAAUAAUUGCUGAAGUGCCAAUAGUCGCCUGUGUGCCAAAUAUUCUUGUACAACAUGCAUAUUUGAAGCCGAUGAGAUUACAAACUGGGGGCUCUGUCUUAGCCGGAAAAUUGGCUCUAGAACGUGGUUGGGCUAUCAACAUUGGUGGAGGUUUUCAUCACUGCAGUGGUGAUAAAGGAGGGGGCUUUUGUCCAUAUGCUGAUAUUACUCUGCUGAUAAAGUAUUUAGUGAUGUACAGAACUGUUCAAAACGCUAUGAUUGUGGAUCUUGAUGCCCAUCAGGGUAAUGGAUACCAAAGGGACUUCCUAGGUGUGCCUGAAGUAUACAUAAUGGAUAUGUAUAAUAGGCACAUUUAUCCCAAAGAUGAGGAAGCUAAGCGCGCGAUACGACGUAAAAUUGAACUUGGGAACAAAGUGGAAGAUCUUGAAUACAUGCUUAAAUUAAGAAAGAAUUUAAAGGCAGCGCUCAAUGAAUUCAAACCCGAUAUCUUGGUCUACAAUGCUGGUACAGAUGUUUUAGACUCAGAUCCACUCGGCCACAUGAGAAUCAGUGAAAUUGGUAUAAUAAAACGCGAUGAAUUCGUGUUUGAGAUCUGCAAGGCUCACCACAUUCCGAUCGUUAUGCUUACGAGUGGUGGAUAUUUGAGGCGAACAGCUAGAAUCAUAGCAGACUCCAUCAUGAAUCUUAAAGCAAAAGGUCUUAUUGGGAACGAGCCUAAAGCGAAGAAAUCUUUUAUAUGUAAUGAUGGUAUAUAA